CCCUUCUUAGAAUUUAGAUGGAUAUUAAAACCAUGAAUUGAGAAUGGUUGGAGAGAUUAGGGAUUAUUAACAUCAACCAAUCAAAAAAACAGUCAGAAUCACUAGAUAGAAGCAAUAAAUAUGGGUUCAACUUGGGUUUAGUAGUUUAUGAGCUUUAGACUAGAAUGUGUGAUAUGCAAAGAAGUUUAUUGUAGAAUAUAAAUGGUUGGAGAAAAUCUCAUUUUAAAUGACUUUUUAUUAUUAGGACUUAAAGGACAAUAAAACCAUGAAUUUGGAAUGGUUGGAGGUUAUGGGCUAUUAACAUCAACCAACCAAAAAAAUAGUCAGAAUCACUAAAUAGAAUCAAGAAAUAUGGUUUCAUCUCUCUUUCUGUUUCUCACACUUCCCUUUUGUUUUUGAUCUUUUGACCCAACCUAGAGAGGAAUCCUCAUAUGAUGAUAGCAUUUCUCAAUAUAAAAACAGAGUAUUAUGUUUUGUUAUUAAUCUCAGCUUAGAUUUCUCUGCUCCCAUUCAGUAAAAUUGCCUUUGGCGUGCACAAGAAAGACCAUAGUGAUGUCAACGCUAAACAUGGAUGAGGUCACCUCAACGCAGAAAGGCAAAGUUCAUGGGCCAUUCCUCUUGGAAAGCCUCGUGUGCCAGACAAACCAUAUGUUAACCUCAAAGGGCGUUUUCAUGGGCAGUAACCCUCUCAAAUACGCAAUGCCACUUCUCUUGUUGCAAGUAGCUGCCAUUAUUAUCACUUCAAGGCUUCUCUUCCGCCUCCUCAAGCCCUUGAAUCAAGGCAUGAUCUCUGCACAAGUCCUGGCUGGUAUAAUCCUAGGACCAUCUCUCUUGGGCCAAAGCAGGAGCUACAUGGAGAUGGUCUUUCCCAUUAGCGGCAAAAUCACUUUACAAACGUUCUCAAACGUCGGUUUCUUCAUGCAUCUUUUCUUACUAGGCCUUAGAAUCGACGCUAGCAUUCUACGUAAAGCAGGUUCCAAAGCGUUGCUCAUCGGUACAGCCUCCUACGCCUUCCCUUUCUCCAUAGGCAACCUCACCGUCCUCGUCUUGAAAAACACUUUCCAGAUCCCACCAGAAGUCGCCCACUGCAUCCACACCGUGAUCUCUCUCAACGCAAUGACCUCGUUCCCCGUCACCACAACCGUCUUAGCCGAGCUCAACAUCCUCAACUCUGAUCUCGGGAGAUUAGCCACGAACUGCUCCAUCGUCUGCGAGGCUUUUAGCUGGGUGGUUGCACUCGUUUUCAGAAUGUUCUUGCAAGACGGUACGCUCGCUACCGUUUGGUCUUUCGCUUGGAUCACCGCUCUUCUCCUCGCCAUAUUUUUCAUCUGCAGACCUUUGAUCAUCUGGUUGACGGCGAGAAGAAGCGUUUCGGUUGAUAAAGCAAACGAUAUCCCGUUCUUCCCGAUCGUAAUGGUCUUGUUGGUGAUAAGCUUGGCCUCCGAAGUGCUCGGAGUCCAUGCAGCGUUUGGAGCGUUUUGGCUCGGUGUAUCGCUCCCCGAUGGACCUCCGUUAGGGACCGGGCUCACGACCAAGCUCGAGAUGUUUGCGUCAUGCCUUAUGCUCCCGUGUUUUAUCGCCAUUAGUGGAUUACAGACCAAUUUCUUAAAGAUUGAACAGAGCCACGUGAGGGUCAUUGAGGCCGUGAUCCUCGUUACCUACACGUGCAAGUUCCUAGGAACCGCAGCCGCGUCCGUGUAUUGCAGCAUAAAUAUCGGAGACGCAAUUUCUUUGGCAUUAUUGAUGUGUUGCCAAGGAGUCAUCGAGAUCUACACAUCCGUCAUGUGGAAAGAUGAAAAGGUUCUAAACACAGAAUGCUUCAAUCUUGUUAUCAUCACGCUCUUGCUCGUGACGGGCAUUUCACGCUUCCUCGUUGUGCGCCUCUACGACCCAUCGAAACGAUACAGAAGCGAGAGCAAGCGAACGAUCCUCAACACGAGACAACGAAACAUUCAGCUCCGUCUACUCUUCUGCGUUUACAACGUCGAAAACGUACCUUCGAUGGUCAACCUCCUAGAAGCUUCUUACCCUAGUCGCUUCAGCCCUGUCUCCGUCUUCACGCUGCACCUCGUCGAGCUCAAAGGCAGAGCCCACGCGGUGCUCAUGCCGCAUCACCUGAUGAACAAACUCGACCCCAACACGGCCCAGUCAACGCAAAUAGUCAACGGGUUCCAACGGUUCGAGCAGCAGCACCAAGGAACCCUAAUGGCUCAGCAUUUCACAGCCGCGGCUCCCUUCUCCAGCAUCAACGACGACAUCUGCACUCUCGCCCUCGACAAGAAAGCUGCGCUCAUCGUCAUCCCGUUUCAUAAAGAGUACGCGAUAGACGGGACCGUUGACCACGUUAACCCAGCGAUCCGCAGCAUUAAUAUCAACGUGUUGGACAAGGCACCUUGCUCUGUCGGAAUAUUCAUCGACCGAGGAGAGAUAGAAGGCCGCCGCUCUGUCCUAAUGAGCCACACGUGGCGUAACGUGGCCAUGAUCUUCAUCGAAGGGAGAGACGACGCGGAGGCGCUAGCCUUCUGCAUGAGAAUGGCAGAGCACCCGGAAGUGAGCGUCACGAUGAUCCAUUUCCGACACAAGAGCGCACUUUACAACACCAACAUAACAACAGGAGAAGAAACAGAACCUUCCGAGUGUCACCUCAUAAACGACUUCAAGAGCUUCUCGCAGAACAAACCCAAAGUGCAUUACAGAGAAGAGAUUGUCAGAGAUGGAGUGGAGACCACGCAAGUGAUUAGUGCGCUUGGGUCUACGUACGAUUUGGUUGUCGUGGGUCGUGACCAUGACCUAGAGUCGUCCGUGCUGUACGGGCUGACGGACUGGAGCGAGUGUCCUGAGCUAGGUGUGAUUGGAGACAUGUUUGCGUCUCCGGAUUUUCAUUUCUCGGUGCUUGUGGUUCAUCAGCAAGAAGGUGACGACUAUUUUGCGAUGGAUAAUAGCUAUAAACUACCAGUUUCGCCUCAUAGGGGUGGAGAUCCGAGAGUACACCCACGGUUCUCUGUUGAAGAAGGGUAUACCACUGUUGAUCUUCACAACCGUUAAUUAGUCCUUUUCUAAUGUAUUAUUAAGUAAUAAUAAAGGGUGUAGUUUUUUGUGUGUGUUUGUUUGUAUUAAACUACAGAUUGUUAAGUAUGCAACUCGAUAUAGUAGAACGCAAUUUUUACAAUGGUCAGUAUCGAUAGGAAAUGAAAAUGGGAUCAGAUCAUUUUAUAUUGAGACAAUGUGUGGAAUAUCCCCAAUUAAGGUCCAAAUUUGUUGAAUGCCCAUAAUUAUGGAUAACCCAAAAAUGAAUAACUUUUUGACAAUGUGCGGACGAAAAUGCUCUUAUGCUUUGUCGAAAACAAGUAACUCUAGAUCUAUCAACUAAAUAUUUACAUAGCAGGUAACAAUCUAUAUACCAACUAACAUAUCCGCUAAUAAUUUCAUUAUCAUCUAACAAUCUAUGUAUCAAACAAAUAUAUCGACUAACAAAUCAUAUAUCAGUUAAUGAAACUAUUAACAAUUAAUUAGUUAUCUAUUAAAUAGCUCAAAAUCUAUUUAUAACAGCUAACACUUCAUGUAUCGAUUAAGAAUCCAUUAAAAUCUAAAUAAUAGCAGGUAAGUAAUAAAAUACCUACUAACGUAUAUAUUAUCUAAAAGUUGAUUGUGAUUCUAAAUUGGAAAUAUUUGAAUUGGGGUGAGAUAAUAAGAUUAGCAUUAUGGGUGUCAAAAGAAUCAGAAUAAAAAAAUAAAGAUUUGUGUUGAAUUAGAAGAUGAUUUGAAGAAUUUGUACGAAAGAUAAAGA